GGCAGCCUCCAUUUCUUCUCAGCUUGCUGUUCCCUUCUCUGCAAGAGAACUUCAAGCUUUUGAGGAAAGAAACUUUUCCCCUUUUUAGCAGUUUAAUCCCUGUAAGAUAUUACAUCCCAGUCCUCGACGACAGGCCAUUAACCAUGCAGGCCCUCUAUCCUCCUACUCCGGCUCCUCUCCCGAACCUCGGCUCCGCCACCCGAGCCCCACCCGCUCGAGCUGUCCGGUGCGUGUACCGAUCCGAUGCGCCUUACUUCUCCUACGGGAUAGGCUCGAGCCGAGUCGACUGGCAGAGCUCCUGCGCCAUCCUCGCUAGCAAGAUUCUCUCCGUCGAGCAGCUCGCUGCCGGCAGCUCCGACAGCGUGGUCGCCGUCAAUGGCCACAAGGCGGCCGUCGACCUCAACCUGGUCCCCAUCGAGAGCAAGGACAAGCUGCCCCCGGCUGCAAUGGCGGCGGCCGCCCUCCAGCCUCCGAAGCCGCUGACGAUAACGGACCUAUCCCCUCCGCCAAUGCACGGUUCCCAGCUGCGCGUGGCCUACCAGGGGGUCCCUGGGGCGUACUCUGAGGCGGCGGCCGGGAAGGCAUACCCCGACUGCGAGGCCAUCCCGUGCGACCAGUUCGAGGUGGCCUUCCAGGCGGUGGAGCGGUGGAUAGCGGAUCGGGCGGUGCUCCCCAUCGAGAACUCCCUCGGCGGAUCGAUCCACCGGAACUAUGACCUCCUCCUUCGUCACCGCCUGCACAUCGUCGGCGAGGUCCAGACGCCGGUCCAUCACUGCCUCCUGGCUCUGCCGGGGACGAGGGCGGACUGCCUCGCUCGAGUGAUCUCACACCCCCAGGCCCUCUCCCAGUGCGAGCACACCCUCACGAAGCUGGCCCCGAAGGCCGUGCGCGAGGCAGUCGACGACACCGCCGGUGCCGCCGAGCACAUCGCUGCCAACAACCUCCGCAACACGGCUGCAAUCGCCAGCUCGCGUGCAGCGGAGCUUUAUGGGCUCGAGGUCCUUGCUGACGGGAUCCAGGACGACUCCGGGAAUGUCACAAGGUUCGUGAUGCUAGCGAGGGAGCCAAUCAUCCCGCGGACCGACCGGCCGUUCAAGACCAGCAUCGUGUUCGCGCAUGAGGGCGCAGGGACGAGCGUGCUCUUCAAGGUGUUGUCAGCGUUCGCGUUCCGGGACAUAAACUUGACAAAGAUCGAGUCCCGGCCCCACAGGAACCGGCCCAUAAGGGUGGUCGAGCCCGAGGACGGGAGCGCGGGGACAGCGAAGCACUUCGAGUACCUGUUCUACGUGGACUUCGAGGCCUCGAUGGCGGAGGUGCGGGCCCAGAACGCGCUGGCCGAGGUUCAAGAGUACACGUCCUUCCUCCGCGUACUCGGGAGCUAUCCGAUGGACAUGACUCCUUGGAGCCCCAACUCCGACGAUCAAAAUGCGUAAUAAUGCAUCGAUCAUCGAGCAUUACCGACAUAUCACGUCUCUGCAUGAGAUGCCGGACAUACAACAUGCAAGAAAGGAACACACACCAAGGGAAAGGAAAAAAAAAAAUUGCAGCGGGUUGUUGUUAUUAUAUAUGCACAGUCAAGAGAGAUUUUUCAAGUUUGUGAAUUGUAACUUCAAAUUAAUUCUUCCCUUUUUCUCCCGUACUGAUGGAUGGGUGUUGAGUAUAAAAAUGAGCAUAUACAAUGACAACUAUGAUGAUAUAAUUGGUGUCAAA